AUGGGGGAGUACGGAGUGACACCGGGGCAGCACGUGGCCAUCAUCUGGGACAGCUCCUCGCCCGUGGAAGCCCUGAAGGAUUUGGUGGAUAAAAUUCAGGCACUGGUGGGAACUGAGAAUCGUGUAUCUGUGGAAAACAUUAACCAGCUGUCUCAGUCGGCUCACAGGGAGUCCAGUUUCGAUGUGGUUCUGUCGGGCGUGGUGCCGGGCAGCGCAGCGCAGCACAGCGCCGAGGUGCUGGCCGAAGUAGCUCGGAUACUGAAGCCAGGGGGACGCCUGCUCCUGAAGGAACUGGUGGUAACAGGAUCAGGAAACAACAGCAGAAUCAAGACAGCAGCCAAACUCCCCACAGCUCUGACCCUCUCUGGGUUGGUGGAGGUGAAGGAGCUACAAAAGGAAGAGCUGACCCCAGAGGAGGCCCAGUCAGUCCGACAGCAUUUGGGCUACCAAGGCAAUGACCUUCUCCUUGUUCAGAUAGAAGGCAGGAAGCCCCAUUUUGAAGUGGGAUCCUCAAGUCAGCUCAAACUUUCCUUUGCCAAGAAGCCUGGUCCUUCAGGAAAACCCUCUGUGGAUGCAGCCACCGCCAAGCUGUGGACACUCUCUGCCAACGAUAUGAAUGAUGAAGAGAUGGAUCUUCUGGACUCUGAUGAGCUGUUGGAUUCAGAGGAUUUGAAAAAGCCAGAUCCAUCUUCCCUCAGAGCUCCAUCCUGCAAAGAAAUGGGCAAAAAGAAAGCCUGCAAAAACUGCACAUGUGGCCUGGCUGAAGAGCUGGAACAGGAGAAGAAGAACUCACAGCCCAAAUCUGCUUGUGGAAAUUGCUACCUGGGGGACGCGUUCCGCUGUGCCAGCUGCCCUUACCUGGGCAUGCCUGCCUUCAAGCCUGGGGAGAAGAUUCUCCUCAAAGAGAACCAGCUGCACGAUGCCUAACAAAGAUGUCUUGAUGUCCCAUGAAGGACUCCUCUGCUUUUCCAUCAGUCUGAGGUUCUUGCAGUCCUCCUCAUCCUCUCAAGCU